AUGACUUACACUACCAGACAAAUUGGCGCCGCCAACACUUUGGAUUACAAAGUUUACCUUGAGAAGGAUGGCAAGGUGAUCUCUCCUUUCCAUGACAUCCCAUUGUAUGCUGAUGAGACCAAGCAGGUCUUGAACAUGGUUGUCGAAGUUCCAAGAUGGACCAACGCCAAGUUGGAGAUUUCCAAGGAACAGAAGCUCAACCCUAUCAUUCAGGACACCAAGAAGGGUAAGCUGAGAUUCGUCAGAAACUGUUUCCCUCACCACGGUUACAUCCACAACUACGGUGCUUUCCCUCAAACCUGGGAGGACCCAACUGUGACCCACCCAGAAACAAGGGCUGCCGGAGACAACGAUCCAUUGGACGUUUGUGAGAUCGGUGAGCACGUUGCCUACCCGGGCCAGGUCAAGCAGGUCAAGGUUCUUGGUGUCAUGGCUUUGUUGGACGAAGGUGAGACCGACUGGAAGGUCAUUGUCAUCGACAUCCACGACCCAUUGGCCUCCAAGUUGAACGACAUUGAGGAUGUCGAGAAACACCUUCCAGGCCUGCUCAGAGCCACCAACGAGUGGUUCAGAAUCUACAAGAUUCCUGACGGAAAGCCAGAGAACCAGUUUGCAUUCUCGGGUGAGUGCAAGAACAAGAAGUACGCCGAGGAGGUCAUUGCUGAGUGCAGUGCUGCCUGGAAGAAAUUGAUUGCUGGCGAGUCCACUGUCAAGGACAUCGAGCUCACCAACACCACUUUGUCCUCUACUUCUACCUUCACUACUCAGGCCAACAUCCCUGCUGCUAGCCCUAAGCCUGCCGAGCCAAUCGACAAGUCCAUUGAUAAGUGGUUCUUCAUUUCUGGUUAG